GUCCCCCAGGCAGCCAGGGAGGUAUCCGAGGAGGAAUUAUCCACGCUGGAGGAGGUGAUGGCGGCGCCAAUCCAGACACGAGAGAACAUCGGCGCGGGUUUCUUCUUCAUCGUGAAGCGCGAGUUCAGCAAGUGUGGAUCGAGGAUGCUCGCAUGCUUUCGGGUCUACGCCUGGGAUGUCGAGGGCACGGCGCAUGAUACGCCGCAGCGUGCCCAGGCCAGACGAGCGUGGACGGAGUGGCGCAUGUUCCAGAAGACGGUCACCCUGGCAUUGCCCGGAGGAAAGGCAAAGGAACGACGCAACACGAACCGGGUAGCCAACAUGGCCGCAAGGUGGGCGGCAGGGGAGCGUAGAGCCCUCCGGAUGAAGUGGUGCUGCUUACUGGUCGCGCUCACCGACGGCCCCGGUAAGCCGUCCAGUUACUACUUCGACUUGUCCGGUGAGGGUGACAGCAAUUUCUCGUGGCCAUCGAUGUUGGAGCUCGUAACGGAGAAGCUCGAGCAGAUUAGGGUGUCGGAUUUCGUGGGCAGUUCUCUGUCAGACCUGGGCCCUAGCGCCUUGGUAGACACUGGAGCCGGACAGGCUCUCAUCGGCAAGCCAGACUUAGAACGGAUGAUCUCUGCUUUUCGAGAGCGGGGUUUUGAUAUUCCAGUCAAAUGGGAAGCUAUCGACAGGGCGGCGGCGGGUAUCGGCGGAAAGGUGCAGCCGAUCGGAAGAGCCUUUGUGCCAGUCAGCAUCUACCAGUGCGGUGUGAUAGAAUUUCUGGUGCUGCCCACGCCCUGUCCGCCUUUACUGCCGGCCAGGUGGCUAGAUUUUAUCAAGGCCCACGUGUGCAUGCCCGAAAACGUUCUGAGGAUCAGCGGCCAGGAUGUGGAGAUCCCACUGCAUCGGCAUCCGGCAGGGCAUCGCUCAGUCAAUCUUAUCCAGGUUCCCCCGGAGAAGUUCAAGAUCGACCAGGCGGUGAUAGAUCAGCUGCCAGGCUCCAUCUUCUGGGACAGCCAGGCCAGCUCAGAUCAGGACCGGAGAAGUCUGGCGAGCAGGCAGAUCAUCGGCAUGGUCAAGUUCUACAGCAAGGUGCAGAAGCCCUCGCGGAUUUCGCAUCUGCGUCGUCAGCUUCAGAGGGCAUCCGGAGCGGUGGGCGCCGAGGUUACGGAGGGCGACGAGGAGAUGCCCAUCAACACGGAGAUCGAGACGAGCCUCGAUUUCACCCUCGAGGAGAUGACCUCGACGGAGAAGGAGUGGCUCUACAUUGGCGAGAUGGACUUCCCCAUGCAGGUGAAGCGCUGGCGGCGCCUCGCGCUCCGAUUGAUCACCCUCGCCGCCCAGGUGCGUCUGAGCUUAGCAAUGGCAGAGCUGAUCCCGAUGGCCUUCAAGGAGGAGCACGAUCCGGUCGAGCUGUGUCAGCAUCCCGCGUGGGCGAGGCGCUCGGGGAGCAACUCCACGAGCGUGUGCACUCACUGCUCGCGCUGCGGUCUGAGGCUGUCUCUUCGGGACAAGACUCCAGGAGAAAAAGCCGAAGCUCAGGGGCGCAAGACCCUGAAGGAGAAGAAGAAGAUCAAGAGCAUCAUCGAGCAGGUCAAGAAGGAGAUGCCGUUCGAGCCGCCACCUUCUCACAUCAAUGCGAGAGCCAGCAGCUCAGCAGCGGGGGCGUCUGCGAAGGCCACGGCGGUCAAGACGGCGGCCGUCCCGAGCAAGCCGCCGCCCAAGCCUCCGCCGAAGGCCAAGGGCGGAGAUCGCACCGUGCUGAUCAAGAGGGCCCCCACGCACCCGGACGACCCCUGGCGGCCAGACCAGCCGAUCACUCGGAGCGAGUUCAACGCCGAGAUGAGCAACCUCAUGACGAGGGUCGAGACCGUCAUUCAGGCGGGAGUGACCCAGAUGGCGUCGGCAGCAUGGAUCAUCCCGGAGCACCCGAGGGGGGACGAGGAGCAGCCGGAGGUUCUGAAGGAAGUCCUCGAAGAAAAAGGCGUGACGUCGUUCAUGGAAGUUUUCUCGGUUCCCAGGGUUGCUACAGAACUCAGGGAGCGUGGAAUUCCCCCUGGCCCCUCCCUGGAUAUACUCACGGGGUGCGAUCUCCUGAUGAAGUCCGGAGAGGCAGUCUUGUGGGACGCGAUCGAGAGGCUGCAGCCCCAGUUUAUCAUGAUGUCAUCGAGUUGCAGAGCGUUUUCCCAGGCAAGGAGGGCGGUGUGGAACACGAUGGACCGAGAAGCCAGGAAUCAGGAGGAGGAGAGAGGAUUGAAGGCAUUUCAGCUGUGCGCCCGCAUCGCUGAGUACCAGGCCUCGAAGGGAAGAGCGUUCAUGGUCGAGCAUCCCGAUUCGGCACUGUCGUGGGAAACAGAGACGGCCAAGGCAAUGUUGCAGAUCCCGGGGACCAGCUUCGUGACGGCCCAUCAGUGCAUGUACGGUUUGCAACUGUCUCCAGAGGGUCCCUCCAAGAAGCCCACGAGGUUCGUCUCGAACAGCCCGGAAGCAUUAAGAUAUUGCCGAGAGGAGUGCCGAGGGAAGCAUAAGCACUUCUCUCUGGAGGGGGGCUCCAGGACCAGCGCCGCUGAGCGCUACCCCGACGGCCUCGUCAAGGCCAUCGCCAACGGAGUGGAGGACACACUGUGGCGCCUGCUCGGUUUAGGUUCUCAGCCUCUUGCUGGCGUCUUUUCAGGUUUUGGAGAUUCCGAGACAGAGCUCUCGGACUUCUGGCCAGAUCCCGAGCCCGCGACUGUUGAAGCCUGGCCGGGGGAGCUAGAAGGACCGAAGGUCUCCCCGCAGGAAGCUCUCGAGAUCAUGAAAUGGGCUCCGCAGGUGACAAAAAGUGACCCAGCCAAGGGCAACCUCGCCCUUCACGACAUCCUCUGCAAAGGUCCAUCAGGACAACGCCCCGACUUCUACAAGCAGGUUGUGGGCGAGAAGGGGGACAGGCCAAGGUGCGCGACUCUCGCCGCGGUGUGCAAUCUGCUUGCAGAUGGCCGAGCCCCGAGGCAGCUACGGCCAUUUUUGGGUGGAGCCCGGGGCAAGGCCCUCAGGAAGACUGCGAAGGACGGCACAGAAGAUACCCGACCGGUAUGCUCAGGCGAGGCCAUUCGGAGAGUGGUCGGCCAGGCCUUGCUGGCAACAGAGUUGUGCGCUCUGCGAGGCCGCCUGGAACCUUUGCAGCUGGCGGUCGGCGUGCGCGCUGGCGUUGAAGCCAUGCCGCAUUUGGCCCGGCAGUGGAAGCAGGACUUCGCGCGCGACUUGGCCCGGGCGUUUGUCAAUAGCGACCGGGCGAAUGCGCGCAACGAGGAGAGCCAGCCUGCCGACGGGGUUCGCUCGAGCGCGCGCUCGGCGCAGGGAGCGGGGACUCGGUGCGAGCUCACCCUAUCUAGGACACUUGGCGUGAAUCUUUCCGCGGGCGAGUUCGCUGACAACGUCGCGACCUUGCUCGGCGUCGAUGUGCUGGGCGAGGGCAGCGCGCGCCCGCAUUGCGCGGCCCCGCUGGGCGCGAAGGGCGCGCAUUACUUGUCGCGCAUGAACGGUUGGGGCGCCGCGCUUGUGCAUAAUGCGAUCAGGGGCGUCUUCUACGACAAUUCUACUCGCGGCGGGCUGCGCCCGGAGCUGGAGGCGGCAGGGCACUGGGCGAUCCUGGGGCGCAGGGUGCGCGGCAGACAGCUGGCGAGCACCGCCCGGCAGAUGC